AUGCGGUCGUUGGUAGCGGUGCUCCUUUGUUCCGCAUCUAUACUCGCCUACCCCCGAUACGGCCAAUACGAUGCGGUGGAUCGCGAAAUUAAGGAGAAGCUCGUAGCGGAGAUCGUCUCCGAGACCCUGCAGAAGAAGUCGAAAUCGCAGAAGGAGGAUUUUGAGGUUCAAGGAUUCGGGUGUGAUCUCUGCGUGAGCACCAUCUACAGCAUCAACCAUAACAUUGCUCAAAUGAAGGCUUCCGCUGAAGAUAUGGUCAAAAAAGAUUGCGAAGCUUUGUUUGGAGGUGAUAACGAAGCGGUUGCUACUUGUAUCUCGUUGAUGAUCGACAAAAUCGAGGAGUACUACGAGAAGAUCGAGCCGAUGAUCGACACGAAGCGAUUGUGCGUCAAAAUCGGGAUGUGCGUACGUAAGGAGGACGAGGAUCCGAUUACUACGUCCACCAUCAAGCCCGCCACAAACCCACCAAAAACCUCGAGCUCCUCGAGCUCCUCCGCCUCCUCAGAAAAAUCCAGCAGCUCCAAAUCCUCAGAAGAAAAGUCCGUUGUCAAGAAACUGAUCAUCACCCCCGAGACCGCUCAAAUCAACUCUAUCAUCGAAAAGGUGGAAAAGGUCUUCUCAGGCCUUUUC